AUGGGGAAUCGGGGCGAUGGAUUGUUGGCCGAAGACGACGACGAGGACGAGCACGACGGCGAUGCGCAUAAUCUAGCAAUGGUGUUCAUUUGCGUUCAUCGGAGCGCUCGAGACGGCACGGCGGAGGCAACAGUUGGGACCGAGUUGGGACCGUCGGAAACUGCAGCGAUGGGUGGUGCCAGCAGGGGUUUCACCACGCUCCACCGCAUCGCCUCGAGAGAAGCCGCGUACGCAAUUGCAUUUGGACGAGUUAUAAUGCUCACGAGGCGAAUAAAAGUUAAAAUUGAAUCCAGUCCGGGAAUACAUCCGAAAUUAAACACAAAAGAAGAGUUCAGAACAUUACUGCGUGACGAUGAGCUCUCGUCAUGUGUUCACGGGUACGUGACUUGA